GCGACGUUCGCGCGCGACAAGCUGCUCACGCUGGGCCCGACCUUCGUCAAGCUCGGCCAGGUGCUGUCGACGCGGUCCGACGUGCUCCCCUCCGAGUACAUCGACGUGCUCAAGUCGCUCCAGGACGACGUCCCCGCGUUCUCCGGCGCGCGGGCCAAGGAGAUCGUCGCGCGCGAGCUCGGCGUCGCCGACGUCUCCGAGGUCUUCAGCGCCUUCGGCGACGAGCCCAUCGCCGCGGCGUCCCUGGGCCAGGUGCACCUGGGAACGCUGAAGAAGACGGGCCAGCGCGUCGCCGUCAAGGUGCAGCGCGCGGGCCUGAAGGACCUCUUCGCGACGGACCUGAAGAACCUGCGGAAGCUCUGCGAGCUCCUGGACAAGCUCGACCCCAAGUCCGACGGCGCGGACCGGUCCUACAUCGACGUCUUCGACGAGUCCGAGAAGCUGCUCUACCUGGAGAUCGACUACCUCAACGAGGCGCGGAACGCGGACCGCUUCCGCGCGGACUUCGCGGGCGCCGAGGGCGCGCAGGUCCGCGUGCCGACCAUGUACUACGAGUUCUCGACGCCGCGCGUGCUCACCAUGGAGUACAUCGACAGCUUCAAGCUCACGGACAUCGACCGCGUCGAGAAGGAGGGCCUGGACCGCGCGGACCUGGCGAAGCGCAUCGCCGACAGCUUCCUCUACCAGAUCGUCGACACGGCGUACUUCCACUGCGACCCCCACCCGGGCAACCUCUGCGUGGACACGGCGGGCAAUUUGGUGUAUUACGAUUUCGGCAUGAUGGACGAAUUGAAGCCCAACGUCAAGGACGGCUUCAAGGAGUUCUGCUUCGCGCUCUUCGAGGGCGGGCCGAUGAUCGACGACAUCCAGCUCGGCGUCAAGGCGAAGCAGCUCGUCGACGCCGUCGAGACCAUGGGCGUCCUCGCCAAGGGCGCGGACCGCCUGUCCUGCGAGCAGCUCGCGCGCUACUUCAUCCGGUCCUUCAAGGACAAGCAGCUCGGCAAGAAGUCCGAGGGCCCGGGCAUCAAGUCGACGCUCGGCACGGAGCUCCAGGCGUUGACGGAGGCCCAGGUCUUCCGCUUCCCGUCGACCUUCACCUUCAUCUUCCGCGCCGUCGCGUCCAUCGACGGCAUCGGCAAGGGCCUCGACGACAAGUACGACCUCGGCAAGUUCGCGCAGCCCUUCGUCGAGCGCCUCGUCGACCGCGCCAAGUACGGCGGCGACUCCACGAAAAAAUCGCUCUCCAUCUUCUCCAAGGCCACGGGCCUCAACGCCGAGGACGUCAACACGGCCCUCACGUCCCCCAAGAAGAUCGCCUACCUCGAGGACACGGUCCGCGCCAUCGAGACGGGCCAGCUCAAGAUCCGCGUUCGCUCGCUCGAGAACGAGAUGGCGCUCACGCGCCUCGGCACCCAGUCCAAGGCGACGACGAGCCUCCUCCUCUCCUCCCUCCUCCUCAACGUCGCCACCGUCGCCGAGCUCUCCCUCGUCCCCCAGGUCGCCGUCUUCGCGCUCGCCGCGGGCGCCGGCGCGUCGGGCCUCUCCGCGCUCCUCAGCCUCUCGGCCUUCGACAAGAAG